GAUGCGUACAGGAAAGAAAGAAACUGGGAGCUGGAAAGUGACCUAAGAGAACAGACCCCCUAAGUUACGUGUCAGAAAGAACACAAGAGAUGAGGUACCUUUAACGUGUGGCCAACACAAUUCCCCUCCGUCUGCUAAGUUCUAAUAUCACAGAAUCUCCUCUCCUCUCUCUCAGAUAUUUUAUUCAUUUCUUACAUAACCUCGUCAGUGGUACUGAAUUCUUACUUCCUCAAUCAUUAGAAGAUUGGGGGUAAUUUCUUACAUGACCAGCGUCAGUACUCAGCAGUACCACCAAUAAGAUAUUGGAACGCUUCGUCAAGUACAUGAGCUCCCAUAGUUUAGGAUUGUAAUCCAUAAGAUGGCUGUUAUGAUAACUAAGCUUCACGUAUCCCCACAAAACCUGGAUAAACUUAGUUUCGAAGAACACCAAAGAAGUAGAUCACUUGGGAGGGGUUUUUUGAGUUCAGGUUUUGGGGUACACAAGAAAAGUUAUGCGUUGGGUGUGCAGCAGUGCAGAUCUUUUAAGACUAAGGAUGGAGGGGGAGUGGAAGAGAAGCAGAAGGAAAAGUAUGAAAUUCUGAAGGAAAAUCAGAGCAAGUCGAAGAAGGGAAGUGGGUUUUGGACUUCUUUGAAAAAGGCUGUUUCUUGGGUUGGUACUUUGCCUUCUCAGUCAAAUGAGGAGCACAGAGAGGCAGUUGCUAGAUUGGAGGAAGUUUUCUCUUCGGCUGCCCUCCAAAUUGGAAGAUAUAUAGUGACCAUGAUGAGCACUGGAGUAGUGCUUGCUGUUGGUUUUCAGUUGUCAGGUGGAGACAGUCAGAUGAAUACACUGAUUUGGUAUAGCUGGCUUGGAGGGAUUAUUAUUGGAACUAUGAUAGGUGCUAACAUGGUUUUAGAUGAACACUGUCGAGCUGGUCCACGUAAUGUUGUCAUAACUGGAAGUACAAGAGGCCUGGGAAAAGCUCUUGCUCGAGAAUUUCUUCUUUCUGGUGAUCAUGUAGUUGUUGCUUCACGCAGCCCUGAGUCUGUAGACACGACAAUUAGAGAGCUUGAGGAGAAUCUCAAGGAAGGAAUGAUCACAGCCUCAAACAGGACAAGUUUGGCACAUGCAAAAGUGGUUGGCAUAGCCUGUGAUGUUUGUGAACCCUCUGAUGUGCAGAAAUUAGCAAAUUUUGCUGUCAAUGAAUUUGGUUCUAUUGAUAUAUGGAUAAACAAUGCUGGCACAAAUAAAGGUUUUAGACCCUUGUUGCAGUUUACUGAUGAAGAUAUUAAGCAGAUUGUGUCAACAAAUUUGGUUGGAUCUAUUUUAUGCACUCAAGAAGCCAUGCGAAUGAUGAUGAACCAGCCGAAGGGGGGGCACAUUUUCAACAUGGACGGUGCAGGUUCCGGGGGAUCUAGUACCCCUCUCACAGCUGUCUAUGGGUCAACAAAGUGCGGUCUGAGGCAGCUUCAAGCAUCACUUUUGAAGGAGUGUAAGCGAUCUAAAGUUGGAAUACAUACUUCAUCUCCAGGAAUGGUUCUUACAGAUUUGCUCUUGAGUGGCUCGACACUAAAAAACAAACAAAUGUUUAAUAUCAUCUGUGAGCUUCCAGAAACAGUUGCUAGAACUUUAGUCCCAAGGAUGCGUGUCGUGAAGGGCACAGGGAAGGCCAUCAGUUACUUGACCCCUCCUAGGAUAUUACUUGCUUUGGUGACUGCAUGGUUAAGGCGAGGCCGCUGGUUUGAUGACCAGGGAAGGGCAUUGUAUGCUGCAGAGGCAGAUCGACUCCGUAACUGGGCUGAAAAUCGUGCUCAGUUUUCCUUUACAGAUGCAAUGGAGAUGUACACCGAGAAUACUUGGGUGUCCGUCUUUUCGCUUUCUGUUGUUUGCGCAUUCAUAAUCCUUUCCAGCACAGGCAGCACAUUUCCUGGGACCUGAUUCCUUGCAUUCCCAUGAAGCAUCAACAAGGCACUGGCCUCGAUGAUCUUAGUGAAGGGACCAGCAAAAGCUUGUGCAGCUCGAAGAAGAAAUGUGAAGGUACAGCGCAGAAUAGAUAGCUUAUGGUCUUUGUACAUGCAACAUUUAUGCUCCUGCUUUAACCAUUAGUUAGUGCUCAACUGUCUUGGAACAUAAGCUCAAGAUGAUUGGCCAUGGAAGGCAUUGUAGGUUAUGAUCGAUGCAUACCACAAGCCAACAUCCCAUUCUUAACGAAGCAUUCUUAUAAACUGAGAUGCAUAAAAAUGUAUUGCUUCCAUAUUGUUGUUAUUAAAUUUAUUGUAAAGGCAA